UUCUCCUCCAUUUUUUUUAGUUUUUAUUUCUUUUUUUUUUUUUUUGGGAUGCAAUAAUGGCAGCUCCGGCGGCGGAGGUUGCGGCGGUAUCGGCGGCGACGGCUUUGCGAUCGGUGCUGGGGCGGGUGAGGGUGGCCGCGGAGAAGUGCGGGCGGCGGGCGGAGGAGGUGCGGGUGGUGGCGGUGGGGAAGACGAAGCCGGCGUCGCUCAUCUGCCAGCUCUACGACGCUGGCCACCGCUGCUUCGGUGAGAAUUACGUCCAGGAGAUCGUCGACAAGGCGCCGCAGCUUCCGGUAGAUAUUGAGUGGCAUUAUAUUGGACACCUCCAAAGCAACAAAGUCAAAUCUCUUUUAGCUUCUGUGCCCAAUCUUGAUAUGGUUGAGAGUGUAGAUAAUGAGAAGAUCGCUAAUCAUCUCGAUCGGACGGUCGCUAGCUUGCGAAGGAGGCCUUUGAAAGUUCUGGUCCAAGUAAAUACUAGUGGAGAAGAGUCAAAAUCAGGUGUAGAUCCCUCUGCAUGCGUCGAAUUGGCCAAGCAUGUCAAGAUUGUGUGCCCGCACCUCGUCUUCUCAGGUCUAAUGACCAUCGGAAUGCCCGACUACUCCUCGACACCGGAGAACUUUAAGACACUGUCGAAUUGUCGAAUCAAUGUGUGCAAGGCGCUAGGGAUACCGACAGAGCAGUGUGAGCUUUCGAUGGGCAUGUCCGGAGAUUUCGAGCAAGCAAUUGAGAUGGGCAGCACAAAUGUCAGGAUCGGAUCGACGAUUUUCGGGCCGAGGGAGUAUCCAAACAGAAAACAGAGCCAAUGAAAUGAAAAUUCAGAUCUGUAACUCUGUUGUUUGUUCUGUUCUUAUUGAUAAUUGUAAGGAGGGUAAAGUAGUCAUGCACACGAUUAAUAAAGAAUAAAAAACAGAGUUGGAAAAUCCUGACUCAUCUGAAUAACAUUCACAGCUUAUUCAAAGGAAGUAAAUUUGUUAAUUCUGGCUCUUUUGUCAGACUUGCAUCACUAUGAAACAGAAGAUUUUAUUU